AGUCGACACCGGUAGUACCGGAAAUGAAUGUCUAAUCAUAUGAAAAACUGACUAAAAGCUACUAAUUUCAUGAUGGAUUACGAACCGCGAGGCCCAACGAAGAGCAUGGGUGUUUCAUCCUACCCUGUCUAUUACAGUGUUUAUUUAUUAGCAACAACAGCGAUCACAAUCAUUGUUGGCUACUACAUAUUGACUGGGCAAGGUGGAAGAUUUGACAUAGGAUGGUUACUGAGCAGCAUAUCACCAUAUAUGUGGGCGUGCCUUGGCAUUGGUCUGGCUAUUUCACUGUCAGUUGUUGGAGCAGCUUGGGGAAUAUUAACCACUGGCGCAAGUAUUCUUGGUGGUGGUGUAAAGGCUCCGAGAAUCAAAACUAAAAACCUCAUCAGUAUCAUCUUCUGUGAAGCUGUGGCCAUUUACGGAAUCAUUAUGGCUAUUGUGAUAACAAAUAAUAUUGGGAGUUUUAAUCAAUAUACUGACUCUGAAGAUGCUGUCCUAAAAAGUUACCAAGCAGGGUAUAAGAUGUUUGCGGCUGGCCUCACUGUUGGAGUGUGUAACAUCUCUUGUGGAAUCUGCGUAGGCAUCGUGGGCUCCGGUGCCGCCCUUGCCGAUGCCCAGAACUCCACUCUCUUUGUGAAAAUCCUUAUCAUUGAAAUCUUUGGCAGUGCUAUCGGCCUGUUUGGAGUCAUUGUCUCUAUUCUACAGAUUGCAGGCUCAAAGAUAGGUACAGAUUAGUCAGGUGGAUACCUGGAGAAGAGAACAAAGAAUCCUUCAUGUCAUGCUCCUUCUUUAGCUAUGACUGAUGUGAAAUCCAUUGGAUGGUUCUUGUGACUAUUUACUUUCUGUUAUGUGUACAUUCAUUUUAGAGUAGCUGAGUUGUUACCUGGAAAUAAAUUUGAUUUGUUUAUACAGACUGUUAGUAAAUGACAGAUGCAUCACAUUUAACAUUCCAGUACAUUUUCCUAUUAGUUGAAUUUUCUCCAUGAUGAUGUCAUAGCAAUAGCCUGGCUGUCUGAACUGUUGUGUAUUUAGAAUGUGUUACUAGUAUACCUUCAUUUUUAGAUCAUGUAUGGCAUUUUCACAGCCAGUUUAAAGUGAUCAUGACUGUCUCUUAUUAUAAUGCUUCACACAUUUGUUACACUAACUAUAAAUGAGUCUGGCCGAUGUAAUUCAAACUUUAUUAAAAUCUUAAAAGCUUUUCUUGUAAUUGAAUUCUCUGUCUGACUAAACACGUCUGUAGAUUCAUGCACUUGCAUCAGUUAGACAUUAGAUAAUAGCUAAAAUUUACAAGCUGGUUGAAUUUUGAUGAAAUUACUUUAGUAUGUAUAAAGGAUGCAUUAAUCUGUUAUUUACUGAAAUGUUUUGAUAAGCAUCUUUAAAAAAUGAACAUGGGGAAAAAAGGCAAAAUAAAACUAACAUAACAUGUUUUUCCUGAUAAUAUUGUGUAUACACCAGAUAAUUGAUAUAUUGUUAUGUUUACAUGUAGUUGUGUAUUAUAUGUGUAUAUAAAAUAAUAAAAGAGGAUAUCAUU